AUGCUACAGAUAAAUAUAAUUUUUCAACGCAAGUGGGCAUCGACGAGUCAAGCGCUUCUACGCACGCACCAACGAAACAUUCCGUUGCAAGAGGCAAAUUACCGAUUCCUGCGCAAUGAAUCCUCAGCAGACAGCGCACCAGAUCCAAGCAUCAUUGCCGAGAUGACACCUACUUGGUUACGACGGUCGAUGACGACCCACUUCCAAAUAUCACGCCAAAGGAUCACCGUCAAAUUCCCGACUCUUCAAGAUUAUUCGAGCGCAUUCCGAAGUUUCUGUCAGAAAAUGCUGGUGACCAUGAAAUUGAGUGUGAUAGGCUACGCUCUGACGUCUCUCUACUUGUGGCAGCCAGGACUUGCCACUAUCAUCGUGAAUCGGACAAUCGACGAUGAGCUUGGUGACUCUGUGACCGGCCUUCGACCGGUCUACUUCCCGACGGAGAACGUAUGGGACGACCAAACGUGUGACAGUAGCAAGUGCUCUCAUGUUCCCUCCGUAGCCCAGGCGGUCAAUGGGACAUAUACUGCGGGGACACACCGCCCCACGAUGGGGUUGAUGGGAAUCAGUAUGCAGUUUACUGAUGGCACCAUAGCUCUCACCAGCGCGAACUUCACUGUUGAUGGCGAAGCUCCAGUAUUCUUCACAAUCGAAGACUCUCCAUAUGCCAACCAUACGCUAAACAUCACUACCAAGGGUCCUGUAACCUUAUACGUCAACUUCGACUACGCAAUCUACACGGGCCAUUAUUGGGGCUACAGCAGGUGGUAUAGUGGCGUUGAUCCUUGUCAUCUUCCCUUUGGUCUGUUGGCCGCCAAUCUUGGUCGUGGAUACCGCUCAGGUAGCACUCCGCCUCCGUUAGCCGGAAAACCAGAGUUGCAAUGGCGGGCUUCAUUUGGUAACUGUGGUAUGACUGCCUGGGAGGCUGUCGAAUGGUUUGGGAAUUGGGUAGAUGAUAGCGUUCCGGGGGAUAAUACCAACGAAACGCUUUUGGCAGCAUUGGAAAUUUUGUAUCGGAGGCACCUGUCCACUGCCGCGACGAUCCAGUUACAAAGGAUAUUCGCCUAUGGAGAUGAGGCUGCAGAAUUCGGAAUUGGGGGACGUACGAGUGUUGUGGCUUGUGGCCCUGAUCUGACCGUCGUGUUUUUGGUAUUUAUGAUGAACAUCUGUUCGCCUUGGAGGUGGUUCUCGACGUCAUAUCCAAGGUGCAAGUGGGAUUCGAACGUUUGGGGUCCUAUUGAAAACUUUCAAAGCGAAAAUCGGAUAAGCUUCGUAAUUUUGUCCCUUUGCUUAAAGACCAUCUUCUGGCACGAAUACUGGUCAACAUCAGCAGACGACACUCACACAAUGGACUUCCUGUGGGUUCAUUGGUUUGGUCACGACACAGAGUAUCGCAGCGGAUUCAAAGCCUGUUGUUUGCCCCGCAUCAGAUUUUUUGACGGAAAUGAGGACCGCGCAUUUGGAUUCUUGGACCCCAAUGAUAUCAUUCGAGCCGCACAUCUCAUGCCUGCUUUCUCACAAGGCUGUUCCCGAGAACCCCUGGGCCGUUCCAUUUCUCACAACCAAAAAAGACGAGGAGGAGUGGCUAAGAUAUUACGUUGGCAUGAUCUUGUUGUGGAAGACGACACUGAGGAGCAAUUAGAACAAGUGGACGAAGGGGCUGAAGAAGAGACUAUGGAUGGGGAUGAUCAUGAGAGCAGCGAAGGUUCAUCAUGUGGCGGGGAGGAGGGUGACUAUGGGUACGAGGACGAAGAAGACUCCAGGGUUGACGAGGAGAUGGAUGGCGAGGCGGAAGUGGUUGACAAGUUCCCCAACGACGAGUCUGACGGCUCCGCAGACUCGUAA